CCACAGGUUAAACGCAGCGGCAGGUGCAUGUUUUCCUCAGCGACAGUGGUUACACAGAGAACAGGCAGAGGAGAGCAGUGACAACGCACGCUUACACUGUGGAUUGUCUCGGAGUAUAAAUCUUUUGCAUCAUAUUGUGGCUCGUACAUUAAUCAGUGUCUCCAUGUCCUCACUGUGCCUCAGCAGUGUUCUGACUCGUGCCAACCUCACCAUGUAUCAGACUGGAGUCCCUGAUGUCCUGCCACAGCAGCCCAGUGUACUGCCCAGCAUCAACACCCUACAGAUCACCAAUCCAGAGUUCAGCUCCAACAUAAGUGGUCAGACAUACCGUCAGACCAGCCCUCAGUACUGGACAGCAGACAACGUUCUGGAUUGGAUCAGUGACCAUGUGGAAAGCACCAACUUUGAUGCAAGCACCUUAAGUCUGGCUUACUGUACCAUGGAUGGUCCCACCCUCUGCCAGAUGAAUCGGGAACAGAUGAUCGGAGUUUUUGGCCUGCAGCUCGGCCCACACCUCCACCAGAAUCUGCAGGAACACAAGACCAAAUAUGAUUUUCAGAGCCUGUCAGGACCUGAGCUGAACGAGACCUGCCUACUACUAGACAACUUCCUGGACAACCUAAACUUCCCUUUGCUCAGCACCAUUGUUAUUGGCCAGGCUGAAGGAGCUUUCACUAAGACAGAGUUUGACUACAGGGAUGAUUAUGACCAGACCAGUUUGACCAUGGAGCCCAUGACACCUCUUGGAGACACUGAGUACCUGUCUGACAAUCAGUCCGACAGCGAGUACAGCUCCUCAAACAGUGGCAUAUUUGGCUUCUCAAGCCUUGGCUCACCAGAGUCUGGCAGUGGUGAAUCAGACCCAGAGUUCUCCUACCCUCUGAUUUCAAAGGAGCACAUCAAAACAGAGAAAGGAGAAUCUCGACUAAAGCGACCACGGGGGCGACCUCCUAAACUCAGCAGAGAGCACAGCAGCAGCAUUUAUGCCAGUUCAAAGAAAAACAAACAUGCGCCUCGUGGCACUCACCUAUGGGAGUUCAUCAGGGACAUUCUCAUCCACCCAGAAAAAAACCAGGGCCUGAUGAAGUGGGAAGACCGUCGAGAGGGUGUGUUUAAAUUCCUCAAAUCUGAGGCUGUGGCUCAGAUGUGGGGUCAGAAGAAGAAGAACAGCAGCAUGACAUAUGAGAAACUCAGUCGUGCUAUGAGGUAUUACUAUAAGAGGGAGAUCCUGGAGCGAGUUGAUGGCCGGAGGCUCGUUUACAAGUUUGGAAAGAACUCCAGCGGCUGGAAGAUUGAGGAGAUCGGUAUGGGCAUGUGAGGCAUUGGUUACCUUGACGUGGGUAGAAAGCAAAAAAGCUGUAUUUAAGAACUAGAAAUACCAACAAAACCUUGCCUCCCCAAUGUUUAAGACACAAACUUCCUCUUGGAAGGUGUUGCAGAAAAUGUAAGCCAUUGUUUUUGGCUCUAGUAGGUUUUAUGAACCAAUAUUAAUAUUGUCUAUCGUGUGUUUUUGAUUGUCAUUUCGUCAGAAACUGUACAAUGUUCAUAGUAACUAAAAUGGACAUUGUUUUGUCAGUGAGGUCUGUGAGUACCUAGAGAAUAAGAGAAAAACUUUUUACAGUUGUAGAGAAUGUAGUCUGCCGUUUUAAUUUGAGUACCAUCAUGGAUACUGGACAAAACAUAGUUCUAUCACUAUCACUAUCACUAUGGAUUUUGUUUUGGUAUAUGGGCAUUAAUUACUAUUGUGACACUGGAAAUAUAUAUUUUUCAUACUUUCAUAUCACUGUCUUGUUAUUUUUCCACAUGUGUUCCAAUGUUAAAUCAGUUGUGUAUCUGAAUGUCGGACCAUGUGAAGGUCUACUGGUAAAAUUAAAUGUAGGUGUUGCGACUUACUACAGUAACUAUGUGCACUACAUGUCUAUUGGUAUCACUUAUUAUAAAGUGUGUUUAAGAGUAACUGUAUCAUAUCAUGUAUAUGAUCAUCACAAGUAAAAUGAAAUGUAUCAGUCAUACAGUUGCACGUUGUUUGAGUCAUUUUGUAAAUGUCAUUAAUCCACUUUGUGCUCAUCCACUCUGGAUUAAAUGUAUAUGUCUGUAGAAUAAA